AUGUCGGAAUCGUGGGAGUUCUACGGCAAAGCUCUCCGAGCGAUGCUCGGCUUGGGCGUUCAACGAGCGGCACAACAGAUCCAAGCAGCCGGCCAUCGUUGGACGUGGCGCAACAUUGAAAACGCCAAAAACGUGGUGAUCAUAGGCGGCUCGUACGCGGGAAUACACCUCGCUCGGCGACUGAGCGAGACGCUCCCAACGGGCUACCGGGCCGUCCUCGUCGAACGGAACAGCCAUUUCAACCAUCUGUUCGUCUUUCCUCGAUUCGGCGUCGUGCCUGGCCGAGAGCAGACAGCGUUCGUCCCCUACGAUGGCAUUCCCAGCUUUGGGCCUCGAGGGAUCCUCCGCCACGUUCGCGGUUCCGUGAGCAGCCUCACCCCGACGCAGGUACGGCUCGCGUCCGGGGAAUCUAUCGACUAUGAGUACCUUGCCAUUGCGACGGGAACGUGGCAGCCACCACCAUCGAAGGCAUCGUCGACCGAGAAGGCCGAAGCCUGUGCGGAGCUGAGAGGCGCGCAGAAGCGGAUCCAGCAUGCCAACCGUAUCGCCGUGAUUGGAGGCGGCCCGGUGGGCAUCCAGAUCGCAACCGAUAUUGCGAGUUAUUUCCCCGAGAAGUCGGUGACGUUGAUCCAUUCGCGGGCUCAACUGCUGCCCAACUUCAGUCCCCGGUUGCACGAACAUGCAUACAAGGCGAUGCAGCAGCUUAAGAUCAACGUGAUUCUGGGGGAACGGCCACAGUUGGACGGCAAUGGCGGCGAUGCAGGACCGGGAACGCUGUCUUUGAAGGACGGCCGGACGAUCCAGUACGAUUUAGUGAUCCCGUGUACUGGACAACGUCCGAACUCGGGAUUGCUCGACGCACUCGUCCCUGCUGCAGUCUGCCCAACCACUCGGCAGAUAUUAGUACGCCCGACGCUACAGAUCGCAGACCCAUCCAAUCUCAAUCCCCGCAUCUUCGCCUUGGGGGACGUGGCCAAAACGAAUGGCCCCCAGAUGGCACGCGCUGCGCGCGCUCAGGCCGAUGUUGUAACGUCCAAUAUCCUGUCUAUGAUCCAUCAGGGGCAGGCAUCGACUAGCUAUGCUCCGCAGACUUACGAAAGUGCCAUCAAGCUGACUCUGGGAAAGAAUCGUUGGGUCUUCUACGGCCAGGAUGAAAACGGAAAAGAGAUGUCGCUGGCGGGGUCUGACCAAGGCGAAAACCUCAAGGUUCAACACAUCUGGGAGGAGCUGGGUGUGAAGUUUGAGCCUAACAUGGCAUAG